ACAGAACACGCCAGUGCGCGGGCGAUUAAAGGAGACUGCAGGAUAUUUUAAUAUCCGCCAGAGUAUAUCGUCUUUGAUAGCACACCUCCAUUAAUCACUGCUCAAUUGUUUAGUUACCCACAUUCUUCAGAAUCUUCUUUUAUGUUCAACAGAAGAAAGAAAAAAAAAUUGAGGUUGGAAAGAUGUCACCAGAUGAAUUGGUCUACCUAGGCAUCCUUGCUGCAUCAAUACCUGUAGGAUUCCUCUUCCGCUACCUAAGUCCUCCAGUCAAGCAGGGGGCAGCAUUGCUGUUAGGUUUGAUCAUCUCCAUAACAACCUGUGGGCUUCACACUCUACAUUCUCUAUGUACAGUGUUAGGAACAUGGCUGAUUAUAAAAACCAACUGGCGAAGUGCCCCUGCUCUGUCUUUGGGUUGGACGUUUCUGUACCUCCUCUUUUUCCGUCUGGUCACCUGGUUUGGCCUCCCUCAGCCAACACCUUUUGCCAAUGCCAUUCAACUUCUGUUAACACUGAAGAUGGUCAGUUUAGCCAAUGAGAUUCAAAGUUAUCACUUGGAGAAGAAAAAAGAAGUGAGCGCCUUUACCAAAUCCCGAGUAGUGGGAGGACUUUCCCAUGAGCCUUCACUUUAUGACAUUAUAUCAUACAGCUACUGCUAUGUGGGCAUAAUGACAGGUCCCUUCUUCCGUUAUCAGACGUAUGCAGACUGGUUGCAUCAGUCUAAUUCUCUGUCAUUGCCCGGUAAAGAGCCCUGCCUGCAGAGGCUGAAGAUGGUGCCCGUUUAUGGAGCUCUUUUCAUAGCCGUCAACUCUGUCUUUCCCUUGUCCUAUGUCCGUACUGAUGAAUUCCUGGAGCACAACUAUUUUUACAGGCUUUUCUACAUGGUAGCAAUAUUCUUUGUAUUCCGGAUGCGUUUCUACUCUGCGUGGUGUGGGGCAGAGGCUGGCUGCAUCAGUGCAGGUCUAGGCUGUUACCCCCAUGGGGCGCUUUCCAAACCUGGAGGAGGGCCAACGGUGAAAUAUAGUCCUGAUCCAAACACAGCUGUGGAGUAUGACUUUAAAACGAUCCAGAACAUCGACUGUUAUAAUACAGAUUUCUGCGUAAAGGUUCGGCAUGGCAUGCGCUACUGGAACAUGACAGUGCAGUGGUGGCUUCACAACUACAUCUACCCCAAUACUCCUUUCAGAGCAUAUGCUCUCAGGGCUGGAUGGACUAUGUUAAUUAGUGCUUAUUGGCAUGGCCUCCAUGCUGGUUACUACCUCUCUUUUCUCACUAUCCCAUUGUGUAUAGCAGCAGAAUCAGCCAUGGAGGCAUCAGUCAGAGCCCGUCUAGGGCCGAUGGGCCAGAAUAUCUUUGACUGGAUCCACUGGUUCCUCAAGAUGAGGGCUUACGACUACAUGUGCAUGGGAUUUGUUCUCUUGAAGGCCAGCGACACCAUCAACUACUGGAGCUCCAUAUACUUCAUAAUUCACAUCAUUGCUGUUAUUUGUAUAGGAGUAGGACAAAUGAUGAAAGGAGGUAAAAAGAGAGAGAGAAGGGAACGAGGUGAAGGAGAGAAAGAGGAUGUGGUAAGAGAGAAGGCUGAGUGAAAUGAAUGUGUGACAUGCUGAUCGUGGUGAUAACCCGGAGAGUUCGUAUGUUUAUGCAAAACCAUUUCUCAACAUGAACUGUAAUAGCCAUCAACGGCCAUUAAAGGUACUGUAUUUUAAAAAAAACAAAACAAAAAAAAACACACAGACAGAAGAGUAAUAGAUAAUAGACCCGAGGACAAAAAUCUUUAUUUUAUUGGCAGUGAAAAUAGCUUUCAAAUCAUUUCCAUCAUUUUAAUGUUAUCUGUGGUUUUGUUACUUAUAUUGAAAAGUGCUUCUUUUGUGCAACUGUAUAUAUUUAUCCUGACCAGUUCAGUAUUGUUUAAAUUAUGAUCUUGUUGCUGUAAACAAUUUCUAAAGGAGGUUUGUAUUUUAAUAGUGGUUCUCU